CAUUUCCCAUGAUGCAUCUGUGACCGCCGAAAACACACGCCCCCUCGCACCAGCACGAGUGUAGCACGUACGCAACUUCUGAUAAUGUUUGGAGCAGUUGAUAAAGGCUUAUCAACCUUCAACGCUCGUUACCCAUUGAAGAAAGAGCAAGUAUUUUACUGUAAAUGGCUGCCGUCGUCUUCUGUUCAGUAAACAAAGCAGCGCAGACAACGGCAAAGCGAUGUCUCGCCGCACAGUUAAAGGGUCUUGCUAGAGCACGGGAGCCUCAUUCGCCGUUCUCCUCCACUCACAGCCCGCCGCUCACUUCGCUUCCGGGAUCAAGAUGGUUUUCCAGAGGUACGGGCGUGCGGUUCAUGUCCCAUGGGACCGCAGGCAAAUCCGCGUCCGGCCGAAGCAGAAGAGGAACCGCGGUCUUCAGCGGAGCCGCGGCGGUGACGGCGGCAGCGGUGGCCGUAGCGGGGCUGGUAGCCAAUGCCGGACACUUCCAGCGUGCGGAGAUGGCAACGAGAGUGUCACCGGUGGAGAAGGAGCAGGAGGAGGAGGGGGACAUCCUGGAGAGGUGCAGGACGUUCAUGUCUCCUCCGGUGACCGACAUCAGCGCGCUGCAAGAGAGCAAAGGGGAGAUGCGGACCAGGAUGGAGAUGCUGGUCAUGGAGACACAGGCCGAGUUCUGCAGAGCCCUGCAAGAGGUGGACGGGGGGACGUUUAAGGUGGACCGGUGGAACAGAAAGGAAGGUGGUGGAGGAAUCAGCUGUGUGAUGCAGGAUGGGAAGGUGUUUGAGAAGGCGGGGGUCAACGUAUCGGUGGUGUUCGGGAACCUGACGGAGGAGGCGGCUCGACAGAUGAGGAGCAGAGGAAAAGUCCUCAAAGGCAAAGACGGAAAACUACCUUUUGUUGCCAUGGGUGUGAGCUCUGUCAUCCACCCGAAGAACCCCCAUAUCCCCACAGUGCACUUCAACUACAGAUACUUUGAGAUUGAAGAGGAAGAUGGCUCUAAGCAGUGGUGGUUUGGUGGUGGCACUGACCUAACGCCAAUUUAUGUCAACGAGGAAGAUGCAUUUCACUUCCACAACACCCUAAAGGAAGCCUGUGACAAGCACCACUCACAGUACUACCCUGACUUCAAAAAAUGGUGUGACCGCUAUUUCUACAUCCGCCACAGAGGGGAGACUCGGGGUAUAGGAGGAAUCUUCUUUGACGACCUGGAUUCACCCAGUCAGGAGGAGGCUUUCAGUUUUGUCAAGAGCUGUGCCAAAACUGUAGUUCCCUGUUACCUGCCUAUUGUAUAUAAACACCUGGACGACCCGUUCACACCUAAGGAGAAAGAUUGGCAGCAGGUACGACGAGGAAGGUACGUUGAGUUUAAUCUGGUGUACGACAGGGGGGUGAAGUUCGGCUUGGCAACUCCCGGCUCCAGAAUUGAGAGCAUUCUCAUGUCCCUCCCUCUCACCGCCAGGUGGGAGUACAUGCAUGAACCUGCCAAAGGUACCCAGGAGGCCACCAUGCUGGAGGUUUUACGAAACCCUAGGGAAUGGGUGUGACCUGACUGUUUACAUGUCAAGAUGGGCAAACACUGAACUGCUUUAGUCUUUUAAUAAUGAUGUGAGAUGAACAAGAUCAAUUUCAGCUACCGCUAUAUUUACAGGAAUAAUAUCAAUGAAGGUUUUCAUUCUGUUCCAGUAUUACUUAGUUUUGUCAAAUCAGUCUCAGAACCACUUAGUCACAGUUGAACUGCAUUACUGCUAAUGGUAAUAAUAAUAAUAAUAAUAAUGGUACAAACCCUUCUUGUCAUUUCCCAACUUUUACCUCCUUGACUCCUCUCCUUGUGUCUUAAUGCCUCCCACUUGUCCAGGAAAUUGGCAUUUAACAAAGUGCAACACAAUUUAAAUAAAUCUUGGUAAAAUCUACUAGUGGACAUAUGCAUCAUCUGUUGGCUGUGUAAUUGCUAUAACUGCUGUAGUUUUUUUAUCUGUCAGAGGAGCGCAGUGUUCAUGUAAACUUCUGAUUAACUUUUAAUUCAGUUCACAGCAUGGCAUUAUGUGAUGAGUAGGCUACGUACAGAUGUCAUGCAUUUUUGUUUUAUGUAAGGGCAAAGUGUGAUGUAUUUUCUUUAAAACGCUAUAUAAACUUAUACUAUAACUUACUUCUGAGCCUGUCAGUCUGUGCUGGUGUAUUUACCCUGCCCUGUUUCCUACUCUUGUUCUGCUGUGUUUAGAAUGUUUCUGGAUUUCCAGCCAAUAACAGCGUCAUGCAGCGUGUGUGGGAGGAGCAAGAUAAAAACAAAGUGUCUGUGGUUACUCAG